AAUUGAUGAUAAUUAACUUUUGAAUUAUGGAAAACGGUAACUCUUGGUUCAAAAGACAAAACAGAUAUACGAUCAAAAGGAAUAUAAAAGGUCUAAGCUGCUAUACGAUCAGGACAACAAUCACACACUGGUCUAAUGGUCUUAACUUCCCGCAAACAUGAGAGUCUUCUUCACUCGCCUUAACUCCCUCAUCAUCAUUCUUAUUUGCUUCUUCUUCAUCGCUCCAUCAACCUCUUUCGAUACUUUAACCGGAACACAAAUCCUCACAACCAACCAAACCUUGUUGUCAGAAAAUCAAACCUUCGUUCUAGGCUUCUUCAGAGGUUCCAACACCAACUAUUACCUCGGAAUAUGGUACAACAACAUCAAUCCUCAAACAAUAGUUUGGGUUGCAAACAGAGACAAUCCCAUUGACAACUCCAAAGGCUAUCUCAAGAUCGGAGACAACGGAAACUUUGUCCUUCUCAAUUCAUCCGGCAACCCCGCAUGGUCCUCCAACCAAACCAGCGCCAAGAAUCCAGUUCUCCAGCUCCUGGAAACCGGUAACCUUGUUCUCAAAGACUCGGAACAGAGCAAUAACUACCUAUGGCAGAGCUUCGAUUACCCAACAGAUACCUUGCUACCUGGGAUGAAGUUGGGUUGGAACUUCGACACAGGAAUUGAGAAGCACUUAACAUCGUGGAAGGUCACAGGUGAAGACCCUUCUUCCGGUGACUACACUUUCAAGCUAGAUUACCGCGGUUUACCUGAGAUUUUUCUGAGGACAAACCAGACUAUCAUAUACCAAACUGGUCCUUGGAAUGGUGAGAGAUUCAGCGGGGUUCCAGAGAUGGACACCGAUACUCAUUCCAUUGUGUUCAGCUUCUCCGAUGACGCGCACGGCGCGUUCUACUCUUUCUCCAUCGGGAACGCUUCUUUGUUAUCGAGGCUAACGGUGACGUCAGAUUCAGACGGAGAACUUCAACGGCGGACGUGGAUAGAGAGCAGCGAAUCUUGGAACAAGUUCUGGUACAAACCGGCGGAUCAAUGCGACCAUUACAGGGAGUGUGGUCCGUACGGAGUGUGUGACAAUAAUGCAUCGCCGGUUUGCACAUGUAUGAAAGGGUUCAGCCCUAAGAACCCUCAGGCUUGGAAUCUGAGAGAUGGAUCUGGCGGGUGUGUGAGGAACACGGGUUUGAAUUGUUCGACUGACAAGUUCUUGCAUCUUGAGAACAUGAAGCUGCCGGAGACAAGCAGCGUGUUUAUAAAUAAGAGUAUGACACUUGAUGAAUGUGGCAGUUUGUGUAAGAGGAAUUGUUCAUGCACUGCAUAUGCGAACAUUGAUAUCAGAAACGGAGGAAGUGGCUGUGUUAUGUGGAUUGGUCAACUCUUUGACAUGAAUGUCUACCAUACAGAUGGUCAAGAUCUCUAUGUCAGAUUGGCAGCUGCUGAUAUAGGAUCUACUAGCUCCAACAAGAAUCACAGAGCAGUUCUGGCUAUUGGCAUCACACUUAGUGCACUUGUUUUAGUUUUGGGAUUGGUUUCUAUUUGUUACUUAAGGAAGAAGAGACAACAAAGUUCUAGAGGUGACGAAAGGAACAUGGAUGAUCUGAAAUUGCCAAUGUUUGAUUUUGAUACCCUAAUGAUGGCUACAAAUAAUUUCUCUGAAGAUAAUAAACUUGGAGAAGGAGGCUUCGGUAGUGUUUAUAAGGGUAGAUUGAUUGAAGGUCAAGAAAUUGCUGUAAAAAGGUUAUCAGAAAAUUCUGGACAAGGAAUUAAUGAAUUUAAAAAUGAAAUCAGAUUAAUUGCCAAACUCCAACAUCGAAAUCUAGUCCGAUUACUUGGUUGCUGCAUUGAGAAGAAUGAGAAGAUGGUGGUCUAUGAAUAUAUGGAAAAUAGGGGACUUGAUUCCAUUUUGUUUGGUAAGCAUUGUUUCUCUCAAUAUCUUGUAUGUUUAUGCAUUAAUUUUUUUAAUUAUCAUAUAUACUUACUUUGCUUGUUAAACUUAAUUAGUCUAUACGUAUUAAUAAUAACUGAUGUUACAGACAAAUCAAAAAAUCUCUUGCUUAAUUGGGAGAGGCGCUAUAAUAUUAUAUAUGGAAUAGCUAGAGGACUUCUUUAUUUGCAUCAAGAUUCAAGAUUUCGAAUUAUUCAUAGAGAUCUCAAGAUAAGCAAUAUAUUACUAGAUAUUGAAAUGAAUCCAAAGAUAUCAGACUUUGGAAUGGCUAGAGUUUUUGACAAAGAUCAAAUACAAGAAAAAACAGUAAGAGUUGUUGGAACAUAUGGUUAUAUGUCUCCUGAAUAUAUUAUGGAUGGAAACUUUUCAAUAAAAUCUGAUGUUUAUAGCUUUGGAGUUAUGGUAUUGGAAAUUAUAACUGGAAAGAAAAAUAGAAGAUUUUCCAAUGAUAACGACGAAUUCAAUUUUCUGGAAAAUGUUUGGAGACGUUGGCAUGAAGGAACUAUAUUGACAUUGGUUGAUUCAUCCAUGGGCAAUUCAUAUACAGAAUCAGAAGUCUUAAGAUGCAUACAUGUUGGUCUCUUAUGUGUUCAAGAAUGUGCAGAAGAUAGACCAACAAUGUCUUCAGUGAUUUUAAUGUUAAGUAGUGAAGCUGCAUUAAUGCCACGUCCAAACAAUCCUGGAUUUUUUUUAAGAAGGAAUCAUGCAGAAACAUCUUCAAGAAAUCAAGAUAAAACAGAGAGUGUAAAUUUAGUUACUGUCACAUUACUAAAUGCUAGGUAGUGAAAGAAAUUUAAAUUCAUACAAUAUAUUUUUGUAUUCUUAAAAGAAUGAUUUUUUUUUAAUUCCUUUUUUUCUUUUUUAUAAUUGUGGCUGCUUC